AGAAGGAGAAAAAAGCAAGCUUGCGGUUUAAUCUUUUAUUCUUUGCAAGCUUUAUAGCUUGAGUUUAAUUGGUGCUAAUACGACGAUGAACCAACCCAAGAUUAUUGAGUGGGAAGAAGGAUGGGAUUUCUUGCAAAAGGGCAUCACAAAGGUGAAGAGAAUUAUAGAAGGGCUGCCCGAGCCACAGUUGAGCUCGGAAGAGCGUAUCUUGCUCUACACUACUGUAUACAACAUGUGCUGUCCCCGUGAUGACUACUCUGCAAGGCUCUACCACAAAUACAAAGAGGUUCUUGAAGAAUACAUCAGUUCAUCGGUGCUACCAUCCUUGCGGGAGAAGAACGAUGAGUUUAUGUUGAGGGAGCUCAUGAAAAGAUGGGCAAAUCAUAAAGAUUUGGUCAUGUUGCUUUCCAAAAUUUUCGGUUACCUUGAUCGCUUCUUUGUUCCAGGGAGGGUUCUUCCUGCUCUCAAUGCAGUCGGGCUCACUUGCUUCCGUGACCUGGUUUACAGAGAGUUGAAGGGUGAAGUUCGAGAUGCUGUCAUCACGCUGAUUGACCAAGAACGCGAGGGGGAACAAAUUGACCGAGCUUUAUUGAAGAAUGUUGUGGAUUUUUUCGUUGAGAUCGGAAAGGGACAAAUGGUGGAUUAUGAAAAAGACUUUGAAGACGACAUGCUUAAGGAUUCUGCUUCUUAUUAUUCUCGGAAAGCAUCAAAUUGGAUUGUUGAAGAUUCUUGUCCUGAUUACAUGUUGAAGGUUGAGCAGUGCUUGGAAAAAGAGAGGGAUAGAGUGUCCCAUUAUCUGCACUCAAGCAGCGAGCAAAAGCUAGUCGAGAAAGUGCAAAAUGAACUGCUGGUGGUAUACAGCACCCAGUUGCUUGAGAAGGAGCACUCUGGAUGCCGCGCUUUGCUUAGAGAUGGCAAGGUGGAGGACCUCUCUAGGAUGUAUAGGCUAUUCCAUGAAAUUCCUAAUGGAUUGGAACCGAUUGCUAAUAUAUUUAAGCAGCAUGUCACUGCCAAAGUUACAGCAUUGGUCCAACAGGCCAAAGAUGAGGCCGAUAACAAGGUGUUGGUCAGAUUCAGAAAAGUUAACGAGCUACUCAGAUUCAUAAAAGUUAACGAGCUACUCGACAAGUGCAUGGCGUAUGCGAAUGAAUGUUUCGCGAACCACUCUCUCUUUAGCAAGGCUGUGAAUGAGGCUCUUGAAGGUGGAGAGCUGCUGGCUUCAUUGUUUGAUCAUAUGCUCAAGAAGGGCGCGGGACGAAGCGAUUGA